AUGUCGGAUAGAACCCGAACCAGAAAAAGAUGUCAAAAUGAAGUCGCUAGUUUCGCUGGCAAUAAAAUUAAUAAUUUUAUAACUAAACUAGACAAUACGUCAAACGAAUUAAAAAAUACAAAUGAAACAUCGUUAAACCAUAUAUUUAAUCAGCAUGAAGAAUUAAUCAAUUCAAUUGACGGUAAUUUAAACCAAGUAAUGGAUCUUAUCAGGAAUAAUAACGAUGUUAAUAAUGAGAACAGCAAUGAUGAUAUCGUAAGCUUUAAAAAAUUUCUUUCAAAAUUUGAUUCAAAUAUCUCAUCUAGUAUCAAUGUUACAGAACUCAAUGGAUGA